CCGGGAUCAUCGCUUACUUUCCAGCGAUCCCGGAGCAUGGAAAUGACCAGCACUGACCUUCUUUCUGCCGAUAUACCGGUCUCCACCAUCGAAUUGCCUGGGAUAGAAGAUUCAGAUAAAAGAGUCAAGACACGACGCUCUCGUUCUGGCUGCAUUACCUGUCGUGCUCGCAAGGUAUGCCCGAGGGCGCCGUGUAACUAGAUUGCAAUGAGACACCACAUUAAUAUGUCUCUAGGUGAAAUGUGAUGAACGUCCAGGCCGCUGUCUCAACUGUGAACGAUUCAACUUGGAUUGCCAUGGCCCACGACAUGAUGGUGGUGAACCUCUACAGCAGGAUAACGCUUCUCCAGCGCAAGUGACACCAAAACGAAAACGCACAUUCAGAUCUUGUAGAGAGUGUCGUGCAUCCAAGUCGAGAUGUACCGGUGAACGACCUGACUGUCUCCGCUGCAAGCGACGAUCCUUGCUUUGCGAGUACGAAGCAGAAUCCGAUCCUCAAUGGACUCGCAGACUGCAAGGAGGGCCAAGAGCAAGUCUUUCGGACCCGCCAACGAGGACAGAUGACACACAGGCUUCGGCGCAUCCCCUCAAUGAUAGUGCAGGUAUACCAAAUUUGAGCACGAGGACCAGUGACUUCGGUCUCUUAAACACUGAUGCAAGCAACAACACCGUGCAAGCAAGAGGAGGACUGCAUGGACCGUCCAGCGUAACAGCUCGUCCUGAGCCGCCAGUAGGCCCUCGAACCACCCAAACCCCCAAGGUUGAGAAUCUGUCCUGGUAUGUUUCCUUUGCAUCUAGUAUCAGUGGCACCAGACGGCUCAACUUAUUACCUGCCUCCUAUUGUCUGAGGUUUACUCCAUACUGACGGGCUUGUUGUGCUUUCCUAGGCUUUCUACAUCUCGCCUCCCUCCACGCUCCAAGAUCCGACUUCUAGUAAAGGAGUACAUGGACAACAUACAUCCUUUACGGUGCUACGCAUUCAUCCACAGGCCAUUGUUCAUGGAGAGACUAGAUGAUGACACGAGUGAAAGCCAGGCCAACAAUGCAUUGCUACAUAUUGUAUGCGCGCUCGGUGCCAAGUUUUAUGCUCUACAAAAUUCUGGUCACGCCGAACGUGGCGAGUACAGUAAUGUGCUUUCGGCCGGAACAGAGUGGGCCAAAAGAGCGGCAUCUCUACUUUUCUCGAAUCUUGACAACGUCUCGGUCGAGAAUCUUAUGACCGCGAUCCUGCUUCAUGAUCAUGAAAUACGCGUUGGCAAACAUGCAAGCGCUUUCGUCCUCACAGGCGUUUGUGCUCGCUUAGCCCACGCUCUUCGAUUGAACCUGGAAUAUUCGACCGACAUCCUAGAAGACGAGUCACUGAACGGCCCUUCAAUACCAUCCAAGGAAUCACGUCGGCGUGUGAUGUGGAGUUGUUACGUACAAGAUGCGUUGACGGGUAGCGGUACGGAUCAGUUAACCAUGUUUCAUGAGGGAGAUAUCAAGAUCCAGCUGCCUACUCACGAACGGAAUUUCUUAUUUCAAGUUCCAUGUGUGACAGAACUCCUUCAGCCUGGUCAAUUUUUGAAAUUUCUGCCUCUGGACACGAUUCCGCCUCGACCAGUGGAAAACAUGGGCCUUCUGGCUUUUUAUAUACGCCUGAUCAGGAUUCGGAAACGGGUUUUACGAUACGUCAAAAGACUCGACGCGGCGGAGGAACCAUGGUUCCCGACAUCAGAAUUCACAGCGAUCGAUGUUUCGUUGCGAGACUGGUCGUUAAGUCUCCCUGCAAGCCUUCAGCUGAACCGCACGGCUUUUUAUCUUAGGAAAGAAUCAUUGCAACUCGGCGCUCUGAUUUUGCUGCAGUGCACCUACCACUGGACGAUUUGCGACUUGUAUCGAAUUUCCACGCCGCAGUUAUACCGCCUACAGAUUAGAUGGCAGUACCCUCGCGAAUUUCAGGAUCAUUUACAGACUACAAUGUUCCAGCGUGCGCAGGACUGUGCUAGUAUCUUGAGGGAUGCUUUGAACCACGGCACGAAAAUCCUGGCUGAUACCUGGCUUCCCUCUGUGGCUUUCGAUAGCAAUCGAGUCAUGUUACACUAUGUCACUCGCAUCUUAGGCCUCCAGACAGAACAGGGCAAGGCGGUACUGAAGGAGAUCAUGCCGCACGUCAACAGCAAUUUAGAUUGUCUUGAGGCUAUGCAAUCAAUCACGAGCAUGGCUGGCCCGUUUUAUCAGGCCGCACGGAAGAUGCUGAUCGAGUCCGACCUUGGGUCAUUGUCAUUCUCUCGACAUAUUGUUCCUGAUCAGGUAGACGACGAUUCCGACAGUGCAUCGAAGUCCAGUAGAGAGGGCUCUUCCAACCACAACACCUUUGAUACCGUGCUCCAACCGACCAGCAUAUUCCGCUUAGCCCGAGGCACAGGUGCUGAAACUGCCACGGGGGCCCUUCGUAACGAGACACUUGGGCCUCCACGGUCCUCGGCUUCUGCGGCAACCUCUCAACAAGCUUCAGAUCUGCAUGUACAGCGACAGAACCAGCAACCUAACUCUCGGACUAUUGGCCAGACGCAGAAUGAGCCAAUGGAAGGACUUGAAGUCUUGCACGCUGCUGCCACCGUCGCUAGUACUAAUACCAGCACCGAUGACCUUCAACCUUUUUUCACCUCGUGGUUUGAUACUGGUACAUGGCACGAUGCGGAAACUGCUCGAGCAACGUACGAUCAGAGUGCAUACGGUCUGCCUCCAUGGAUGACUGGCUUGGAGGUGACUGAUGGUUCAAACAACGUGGCUGGUGGAGCUGAGGGAAUGACAACAGAAAACUUUACAACGGACCAGACGAGGUCAUCUGAACAGUGGCGAUUUUCGACCGAUUUUCUUUCGACAAAUCUAUAGUGUGUUGGUCUGUGUACAUGUACGACGGCAGGGUCUGUGGAGUUCGACGACAAAUACGGUGAGUAUAAUAAUGAUGAGUGGUUCGAUAAGCCUUGAGGCGAGAUCAUUCAAGUCGAAUGAAGGACCUGGAAAUCUGGGCUGAAGGGGCUACAUCUGGUCUGGGGGGGGAUUUUUCUUGAAAGCACACCACGACAGGUCUGAGCGUUAGUUGAAGCAUUGGAUAUGGACAACCAGGCCAUAUCAAUAGCAGGAAGGUGGAUAAUAUCAUUGCAAACCAUUCGAAGAGCAUAGAAUCAAUUGUGUUCUCGAUUCGUUACUAUCCUGACGAUGCUCAGCCUUGCCAGGGCAUUGGCAUUCAUGUGAUCAGGCUGUGGUUUUUGGUAUGACAUCUUUCAGAGUGAUGAUCUUCAACGCACACACUUCUUGACUUCUGCUAUGAUAAUCACACCGCUGUACACGCU